AUUUUGCCCUUAAGAAAGAUGGAGGAGAGCACUUCCUGUUUGGCGAUUUUACCCUUAAGAAAGAUGGUGCUGAAAGAUCCGUUUGGGCGACUGCCUGGUUUGAUAAAUGAUCCCUACGCCUAAUUUUGAUGGAUGCCAGAGACAAACAUGUUCUGCGCUCAUUGCGCUUGGAGCUCUGUGCAGAACUGCUGGUGGAGGGCCUUAUCAUUCAAUAUCUUUACCAAGAAGGAAUUCUAACAGAAAACCAUGUACAAGAAAUAAGGUCCCAGGUCACUAAUCAGAGGAAAACUAUGAUGCUUCUUGAUAUACUACCUACAAGAGGUCCCAAGGCUUUUGAGACCUUCCUAGAAUCUCUGCAAGAGUUUCCAUGGGUCAGAGACAAACUUGAGACCAAGCGUAAUGAAGCCAUGCUAGUGGCACCUGCAGAUGAUGACAUACCUGGAAUUUCACAACACAUUUUGAAGAACCCACCAACAGAUCAGCAAAUUAAUAAGCUUGCCAGGAGUCUUGGACCUGAAUGGGAGUCAAUUGUAUUGUCCCUGGGUUUGACAUGCACUGACAUUUAUCGCUGUAAAGCCGAUCACCCAAACAAUAUCCACUCACAGAUUGUGAGCGCAUUCAUUUCAUGGAGACAGCGCUUUGGAAAAAAAGCAACGAUGGCAAGCCUGUGUGCUGGUUUGAAGCUGGGAGAAGUAGAUUCUUCUGUGAUCCAACAGAUGUUUCAAUAAGCCCCUUCUAUCAUUGCACUUGGCCUUUUUAAGAAUUGAAGUCCAGAACUGCACACGACUUUGGCAAGCUCUUACUGCCUCAUGUUGACAGGAGUUGUUACCCUUUUUACUUUCUAACUUUCAACAGAAAGUAUUAAUUUCUGUUAUAAUCGCAAAUAACCCUCCAUUCAUAUUAAGUUUCCCUGUGUUAACUACUGUAUUCUUUACAAAUGGAAACCAAUACUAUCAGCAGGUGCCAGAACCUUACAUCUAUAUCAAUGGGGGAGUCUGGGGAACUUUCUAAGAUUCAGUUUGCCAUUUAAGAUGUGUAUUUACUGUUGUUUGGAGAGGUAUCAUACUCCACCCACUUUUCUUUUUCUUACCAGCCUUCAAAAAUGGCAGCAGGUGUUAAACACUAGAUGUUGAUGCAUGUGUUCUGCCAGAUUUCUUUGCAGUCUGAAGAAGAUUCUGGCUUUGAUGUUAUACUCUCCACUCUGAGAUCUAUCAGGAAAAAUCCUGGUGGGUGACUUCUCAUGCAGCUUAAUCCUAGGCAGAAUUCAACACACUUUAGAUCAUGGAAAUCAGUGGACUUUAGUGUGCCUAACCCUACCCUGGAUUGCAGCCUCAAUCUUUAGAAUCCAAGCCUUUAGAACAUAAAACCUAUGUAUCAAGCACUUCAAGUGUAAUAUCCAUAAUCCUUACAAAUAGUUCAGUAUUUUCAUGUUAAGUGUGUUUAGGGUUAGGGUUAGCUUAUUUUGUCUGUUUUAUUCUUUAGCCUCUUUCCUCCCCUUCCUAUCAACACCAGCCCUGCAAUUUCAGAAUCAUAGAGAUGGAAGGCACCUCAAGAAAGGUGGCAAAUGCAAAAACUCACUACUACAGCAGGCCUGAUUGGUAGCCAUCCAACCUCUGCUUAGCAAUCUUUGACAUGGGAGACUCCAUCUUGCUUCAGGGCAGCACAUUCUUCUUUCAAGCAGCUUGUACUGUCUUGAAGUUUGGUCUCAACCCUGUUUCUUGCCAUUUGAACCCCCUGGUUCAGUUCCUACCCUCUAAAUUAACAGGAAAUAAAUUGCCAUUUCCCCAUUCAUCUGUGUGCAAUCUCUUAAGAUAUUUGAAAAUAAUCAUCAUAUAACUGCUUAAUUUUUUUCCAGGUUAAGCAUACUCAACUCACAAGCUCUUCAUAGGAUUUGUUCUCUAGGUCCUGCAGAUUUCUUCCAUGUUCCAUACGCAGAGAGAGCAGGGUGGCGUAGUGGUUAAGAGCAUGGAACUGGGACUUAGGCAAUUUGGAUUCUACUCCCCACUCAGCCAUGGAAUCAAGUGUCUGACUUUGGGUCAGUCACAGACUCUCAGCCCAACCUACCUGACAAAGUUGUUACGGGGAUAAGAUUGAGAGCUGCAGGAGAAGAAUUAUGUAAACUGCUUUGAGUCUUUGUAACAAAAAUGUCAGUAUAUAAAUCUAAUAAAUAUUCUUAAAUUUUGAUUCUUUGCAGAAUUCCUGGUGGGGUCUGAUCAAAGCAGAGUAGACUGAUAAACACUUUUACAGUCUCCAAGUGUUUUACCCACUGGUUCACACCUAGUAUUUCCUUUUAUUCAAUUAAAUUGGCUUUCCUAUAUAAUCAGGGUUGCAGUGCUGGCUAUAAUCAGUUUUCCCAUCCUCAGUAUCAUGAAUCCCAAGAUGAUAUAAUUACUGUUCCCCACACUAGGUCCACACUACUUUCAUCUCAUCAACAGUUCUUUCCUUGGUAAGGAUUAGGCCCAGAAUAGCUGAUCCCUUGUCUCUUCUUUGAUAUAUGAAAUUAUCAGCAAUUCAGUUCAGAAACUAUCAGGCAUUUCAUUCUUAGCAAAAUUUAACAGUUAUCAGGAUCUGAUUAUUGCUAUGUUUUUUCUUUGCAAAUUUGGUCAUCUGAUCUAAAGAGGGCAUCAUCCAAGACAUCUCGUUAACUUGGUGAUCCAUAGCAGACUAUUGUGAUCCAGAGCUUUGACUAUUGUGUAGUAUAAAAUUAAUAAAUUGCAAAUUCUGAUUAGUAGGUGCAUUGGCUGUGGCCACCAUUUUUAUUCAACUUGGUUGGUGCUCCAGCUGCAUCCAUUGCUAGUGUGGGCAGAUCUGGCCAUGCCCUACUUGAUUAUUUAUUUUAUUUAUAUUCCAUCUUUUUCCUUACAACUAAAUCAAAGCAGCUUGCAACAUUCUCAUGGUUCAUGAGAUUCAUGUUCUUCCCAUCCUGUAAGAUCAGCUGUUUCACCUUUGUUCUACUCUGUUGCCUUUAGAGGUAGCAGUUGCAAGAGGGAUUUCCUGAUAGCAGCCCCUACCCACUGCUUAUGUUUAAGAGAUUAUCCUUAUCAUCAGGCCAUCAUCCUCUGUAUUUUGUGUUUUCCAGCAAGAGGACACAUUUAUCUUUAAAUAAACAUUCACUGCAGCUGUUGCUUACUUUUUUUAGUGUCUGUAUAUUUUGGAAGUUCAGGGUUGUGUGUUUCCGGUUGCUUUCAGUUUGUUGAUAUGUUACCAUGAUUGCCUUUAUGCCAUUACACAUUGUAAGAUGCUUCGAGCUACAUUUUGGAGAGGGGAUGGGUAGGGAAAUUGCUUAAAUGGUUAUUAUUUCCCUCUUGUCUGUUUUUACUCAGAAACUCUCAAUCUUCCAUGCUUCAAUUCAUGGAUUUUUUCACAUGUGCAUGCAUCCUUUACAUGUAAUGCUAUUCUUUCUCCCUUCCUGUUUCAUCUGUUCCUUUUGGAUAAGUGAUGCCUUCAUUCCCUAAUAUUCCAGUCAUUCUCCCUUAAGGUUCUUCUCAUAUAAUAAAGAGCAUCUUCUUUUUAAUGACAAUGGUGACUAAUUUUAAUUGUUUUUCUGCCCAAUCCUUAGUUAAUUGAUCCAUGGGAAACAAGUUUAAUCUGUGAGGAUGAACAGGCAGACUGCGAGAUCCAGGUGCACUAUUUCUUGCUCUUGCUCUCACUUUUUGUCCUUUUUCCCCUUUCUUUGACUUGAAAUAAAUAUUUUGCUCAUGGGUUUUAACACCUGUGAAUUACUGGGAUAAAACUUUAAAAUUUAGGGCCAUAGCAAAGAUUACUUGAAAGUAAUUGCUUCCUUUUUUUUUUUUUUUUUACUUUAGAGUUGGCACAGGGGCAGUCUGGAUUGGGACUGGCAGGACAAAAUGAGCAAAUACUUUGCCAUAGUACACUAAAAGCCUGACUCUGUAAGAACAGCUUUAGACUUAAAAUGAGAUUCUUAAUCAAGAAUCCAUGUUACAAGCCUUGUUUCCCAGUAUGCCUUAGAAAUGCUAAUGUCUCUGUCCUGAUACCUGUCCUGGAUGUUCUUUCUUUGUAGUGCCUCAGUCCUUUUAGUUUUAUUCUAAUGUGCCUCUAGUGAUCCCCCAUCCCUCCUCCAAAUUGUAUGUAACUGAAAAAUAUCUUGUACAGCCUCCAUCUUUGUAAUCCUUUUGGGAGCUGCCUACAUGCCACUUGUUAAUUUCUAUAUGUCUGAAUAAAACUGUAAAUGUUC